AUGCUGUCAUGGUAUUUUGCAGUUUUGAGGAAAGCAAUAACUACCCCUCCUCAGAGACUGAUCGGCCCUCCUGAUGUGAUCAUCACCCAACCCCAACAACCUCUACCGCUAUCUUCAUCUCCAUCACCACCGGUCAAUGAAGAUGAGGCUUCCAUAGCAACCAGCCUAGCAACCAUCACUGCCAUCACAACCUCUGUCUUAUCCACCUCAUCUGCCAACCCAGCUCGGAGUGACCCUUUGUCUCCAGACACCACACCCACAGAGCCCCCAUCUGCUGAUACUGUUACCACAGAAACAUUUGAAUUAUCUACAGCAAUGACCUUCAUGCUGUACCCGAUUAGGAGUACUCUGACUCCGCCCACCGUCAAACAGGAAUCCACGUUUGCUCCCACCAAGAGCCCUAAAAAAGCGAAGGGAGGGCAUCUUGGAGAGGGCGAGGCCGGGGUCACGCCCAAGAAACCUUCGGGUCACUUUGGUGUGUGCCCUCUCACUCACAGAUAUUACUGUCUCAAUGGCGGGAAGUGCACAUUCCUCAAGGCUGUGGAAACACCCUCUUGCGAAUGUCAAAAUGGAUUUGCUGGUCAAAGGUGCGAAUUUGCGGAUAAACAUAUUACGAAAGGAAUAAAUAUGCAGAAAGUUACUGCAGUCUCAGCCGGUGUCUUAGCGCCUCUUUUUUUAGUACUGGUCAUAUCUACCCUCCUUUGUUAUUGGAAACGGGCGAGAUCAAAAGCCAGGAGUCAAGCGUACAACAUUGAGUUUGUGAUGAGUGCGCCUCCACCGGAUGGUAAUGGAUCGCUUCCUAAGAAGACCAAUAUGAACGCGACCUUAGAGAGAAUAGACAAGAACCAUGUUCCUCUCAUACCUUCCAUGUCACAGGGUUCCACACAGUCGGAGCCUCCCACAAGAUCGCCACCCAAGCCUCCAGUCGGCCAACUUCAGAACUGUUACUCCGAUCCAAGCAGCCUCAUUGUACCUGGUUCAGCCCUCCCUGGCCUACAAAACACUCAUCACUACUACAAAGUACCCCGGACCGGUGCCCCCGCCCCCAAGCCGAAACCAAGCCUCAAACCCAACAACCUUCAGCUGACCGUGGAGAAUGCGCUUCAGUCGCAGACCAAACCAGGGAUCGGACGCGGCAAGUUUCAGUCUUCAGAGAAGAACCGGUCAAAGACUCUUGACACGGCGUACUUGACACCAAAAGAGAUGUUGACAGAGGAAGGGGAAGCGCAGAGAGUAUCGGCUUACAUCGAUGUCAAUGACUCCAGGAGUUUCCUACCGGCUAAGACCUUUCUUAACAUCAAGAACAAGCUUAGCAGAAGGAUUGAGAAUGUGUAUGUGAACAUGCCGAAAACGUCGACGGGAAAUAAUGUCAAAUGAUGUCGGACGAAUGUCCUGGAGGCUCUUCUGGUCAUCGCAAAGACAAAAUUUCCUGCAGCAUGACGAGUGGACUUUAACUAUGAAAUGAAAUGUGAAAUGGAGAAGUAUUUUAUGACGUGAUCAUAUUUUGAUGAUGGUACAACUCUCUUUGUGUUCACAUUGAGCAGUAUUUGGAACCCUAAGAAUGAACAUUGAGCAGUAUUUGGAACCCUAAGAAUGAAUAACUGAAAACUUAAUAUUUCUGGAGGUUAUGUUGUUUGUCCAGAAGAAGGCAGGUUGAAGAACACUGAGUUGACAGAGAAAACAAGCUUCAUUCUGGAAGUUAUGUUUCUGCAUUGCUCUAUGACUGGAAGUGGAAGGUGGGCUUUACCAAUCACUCGAUCACUGCAAGACAUUUUCACCAUCUUCAGUAAAAAUUAGGAAAAUAUAUAUUUAUUUCCUUCUCCAGUAUAAAGAAAAGAUGGACUCCCUUACCCAUACUAUUAAAAGUUGUCUGUUAACAUCAUUUAGAAUCAGUUUAUAUUGAAAUACCAUGUGAGUAUUUAUGUUCCGAAGAACAGAUAGAAUUGAUGUCUUCAGGUGCUCGCCACAGGAUUUGUAUGUUCUUCUGCAAUGAAUUUUGAGCAAUGCUAUUUCAACGUGGAGCAUUGUGGCCCGGUGGAUUAGUCUACGGACUUUGAAACAGAGGGUCAUGGAUUCAAAUCCCAGCCAUGGCAUAGUUUCCUUCAGCAAGAAAUUGAUCCACGUUGUGCUGCACUCAGCCCAGGUGAGGUGAAUGGGUACCCGGCAGGAUAAAUUUCUUGAAAGCACCAAGCACCUUUGCAUCUGGAGCUAAGGCCGGGAUAAUUUGUAGUGCACCAUCGUAUAGGCAACUAGAUAUUUGGUGCCUCUUAAUUGCUAUAUAUUAUUAGCUUAUAUUUGGACGAUAUCUUUUAUUGAGUUGUCAAAAUGCUUUAGAAUUGGAAGGACGAAGCCAAUUAGCAUAUUGCUUUGAAAUUGACAUAAUACUGUGAAUAGUGUUGGAGAUGUGGAGGAAGGUCAAAGGCAUAGAUCGUAUCUCGGUGGAUUUUAGAAACCUUGAAACAAAUCAAAGACGUUGAUAUUUGAUACAUGAUCAUGCUUUUUAGUGCCUUUAGAAAUGUCAGGGAAACGCUAUCAAGAUUUAAUAGGUGAAGUGGGUAACUUCUAAAGGUUUGCAUCAAGAGAAAAUGAUUCAAUUUGGAGGCUUCACAUUCACAGUACACCACAUAUCGGCAUGCAUUUGGUCUUGAAAGGGGCCACAUGGACUUGAUGUUUCAACAAGUAUGUUCUUCCCCUCAUUUUCCAUACUGAGACUGUAUGUAAGUUGGAUUAGAUAAAGUGGGAUUAGAUAAAUUGGGAUGAGAUCAGGUGAGAUUAGGCUGAGUUGGAUUUGACCCAUUGGGAUUAGAUCAAGCGGCAAGUGACCACUUGACUCCCAGUGGCAAUUCUAAUCUGGGUCUCAUUUUAUAAAGAUUUGUUAAGAUAACAGAUGCACAAUUUUAUUCUCAACCAAUCAGAUUGAAGGAUUUCAGUAGCUUUUAACUGUUAUUGCAAAUUUGUUAUUAUAGCAAGUUUUAUGAAAUGUACCCCUGGUAUAUAUUCUUAAAGCACGACUGAGCGUUGCAGGAGGACAUGUUAGAUACAUGUAUGUAAUCAUAAGGAUAUUGUUAUCACCUCUUUGUCUUCACAGGGUAUCAGAACUCAGUGGUGAAAUGUUAGCAUAUUUCUGAGAAAGUGGCCUUCAUUGCAAUAUUUAUCUACAUCUCAGACCAAAAGAAGCACAAUAAGUAUGUGCAGUACACAUUUUUGAUAGUUAUUCUAUUAAGAACUGUGCAGUCAGAUGCAUCAUGAUAUGACAUAGGAAUGCUUACACCUGUCAUAGUGAGACUUUGACUAUUUAAAUUCAUCAAUUAAAUUGCAUUGACUAUGCCCCAGACAAGUUAUUAUUUGGUUGAUAUUUGCCAUUCGCUCUACUAUCAAGAAAUCUUACUUUCAAUAUUGGACCGUUGAUUUUCUCUUGGUUUUACAUUCAUAAAAGCUAAAUUUAAGAAAUUAUUAAUUUUACUUAAGUUUUCUAAUUUCUACAGACAGAUGCAGAUUAACAGUCCAUCAGAAAUAUACAUUUAAUUGAUUAUAAUAAAGUUAAACUUGUUUGAUACAGAUAAAAAACAAGUGAGCUUAAUAUAACCAAGUUAGUCUUAAAUGUUACCAUAACUGUAACCUUUCGUAAACAAAGGGCAUGAUCCCACUUAUGAAACUAAAUUCAUGGCAGAUUACACAACUAAAAUCAUAUGAAAAUUUGCCACAUAAUGUUAUGAAUUUAAAUUAAUUCAGCCAUUUGUUUCUCGUAAUUCAAUUAUACAGGCAUCUUUGUAAUAUUUGCACUGUACAAGGUAUGUAAAUAGUUUGUCUCUUUUAAACUGUAUGUCUGCAGUGCUAUCUGUGUCACGCCUAUGAUUAGGUAUGGUACAUUAUCAUUUCUUAAUGUGUAUAUGGAAUCUUUAGCAAACUUAUUUAUCAUUAUAUUGUUUCUUCUGGCUGUUUGCUGCUAAAGCCAGGAAGAAAAUAACUUUAUCUUUACUUUACCACAACUUUAUAUUGCUUCAUUUUGAGCGAUGAAAGACAAAGAGAGGAAUUGUAAGUGGUGAAUGUUUUAUUUCUUGAGAAGAUUGUGGUAUUUCGUGAGAACAUUUUUUUGAGAAGAAUAUUUUCUGAAGUUUAUUUUGUUUAAAUAUAGAAGACUGUUUUAUUUCUUGAGAACUUAUUAUUUUUUUCUGAAGAAUUAUUUUAUUUCUUGAAAAGAAUGGUACCUCACUCAUAAUACAACGAUAACAUGAUUGGGAGGUUGGGCUUUCACCUGCACAGCCCCCAAAUGAUGGAAUGGUUUGCCAUAUGUAAUAAGAUCCUCACCAUCAGUAGAAACGUUCAAACUUAGGGUGUGUUUAUGCUUCCAUUGCGAGGACAGAAUCAGCGUUUUCAAACGUUGAUUCAAAACGCCGAUCGUAAACGUGGUUCUGGGAGUGCUGUUUAUGCUUAACUUUUCAGAGGCGAAAUCACGAUCUCCAGCUGGCUUCGCAUCGUAAUGUUCGUUGAGCAGGAAAGCGAGGUCAAAUUGGGCGCGCCCUUUUUCGAAAGUUUUUUUUAUUCCGAGUGUUGUUAUGGGGAAGGUACGUCGGCUGUUAUAUAAACAUCGAGCAAUUUCCGAUAUUUUAGUCACUGCAUGGAGGUUCUUGAUAUAGCCAUAUAAUUUCCACCAUGGUGAGGAUAAUAGUAAGAAAAAAAUAAAGAAUAUUAAGUAUACAAAACAAUAAAAUACCUAUUUGUUUAUGCUACUGGGGCAUCUGGCGAUGUCUCCUCAUUAUAACUCAUGUUCCAAGUUUUUUUUGUGUGUAAAUCCCUCAACGUUCAUCGCGAUGACAAAUUGGAAGAGUAAUACUAGUAAUAGUACUACACAUGCAAAACAAGGGAGAUGAGAGGUAAUUCCGUGGAGGUAACAUGCGACCAUGGAGCAAUACGACUGUAUUUGCCGGCGGAUUUUCAUCUCACCGAAAGCAUGUACCAAAUGACGUCAUUUAAACACGUUUAGAAUCGUGGUCCUGUUUAUACUUCCCCAGAAAGCCUGAUUCUGGUCAAACGACAUUUACAAACGCACCUUUUUGUGAGUUUACGAUCGGCGUUUUGAAACAGUGUUUAAAUGAAAGUAAGCAUGGACGCAACCGUGUUUUGGACUAAUCACGUUUGGAAACGCUGAUUCUGGCCUGAAAAGUGGAAGCAUAAACACGGCCUUAGACUAAAAACCUAUCUUUUCAACUAAUCCCCUUACUUUUUUCCCUUUUCUAAAUAUGUUUUCACGAAUUUCAUAAGCUCUUAAUUACAGCGCAGUAGAAUAUAUGCACAUAGUUUCCGCGCUAUACAAAUAAGUAGAUUAUUAUUACACCUUUUUUUCUUCAGAAAAGUUACCUUUCUUGUCAUGUAGCUUUCUCUAUACAAAUCUUCAAUGUAGGCACUGUGUUUUUUUUACUUGUAUUUAAAAAGCAGAAGCCGCAACAGAUGUUAUUCUGAUCACUGUGUUAUAUAUGUGAUUGUAAAUUGUUUAGGCUUCUUGCUUUCCAUUUUGAGGACUGUCUGAUCAACUUUGUCAGUUCGUGCAAGAAGCACAUGAAUACCAUUCAUAUACCAGGGUUCCCACAGAAAUUUGAAAACAGAAUUCCAUGACUUUUCCGUGAUUAAAUUGCUGCUUUCCAUGACUUCCCGUGACGUCCCAGAGUUAUGUAGAAUUUGGGAUGUCACAAAACUUGGAAAAAUGGAAAUCAUGAACACCAAUUAUGAUCACAGAGUAUGAGAGUUGCGAGACAUGACAAACUGGAAAGCUGCCAUAGCCAAGAGGUAAAUGCAAUUCCAUGACUUUUCACAAUUUUUUCAAAUUCCCUGAAUUUCCAUGACCAGAAUUUUUUUUCUUCAGGAUUUUCCAUGACUGUGGGAACCCUUUAUACAAAGAAUGUUACAAGAAGCCAGGUAGCUGAUGAAAUUUUAUCCUCAUCGAUCUCAGAAAAAGAGGCGAUAUGCAAAAUAAUAAAAACGUACCAAAUUCUAUUGCUUUCAUUUAAUGUUAAUUGCCAAAAUUUAUAUCUGUUUUUUCAAUAAAUGAUAUACAAUAUACAUGGACAAUAUCUACUUACUUUUUUAAUUACCAUUUUUGUUUUUGUAUUUGCCAGUAUUUUCAAAAGCUUUGGAAUUAUAUUCAUAGUUUUUGUAUUGUCAAUAUUAUAUAUUCAUAUCAUUAUGCUCUAAAAGAAUAUAAUAUUGCUACCAGAUUCGGAUAUAUUAACAUAGAAAUAUAUGAUUUCCUGUAUCAUUCGAUGCAUUGCUCUGUAAUGAUUUUAUAGCAGGAUAUAACAUUACAUGUAUACUUCUGAAUCAGUAAAUCAUGUCCUUUACUUAAUCACUAUACAACUGAAAAGUUGUGUAUGAUGUCACUCAGCUAUGCUUGGAUUGUGUAUUUUUCUGAAGUGUGAUAUAGUUUUGCAUUAUACCAUUUGUUUGGCAAGUUAUUAAAAUAUGUAUCUACUCUGUA